CGAGGGCCGUGAUUGACAGUUGCCGCGAGAGGUUGUUCAUUGCGUUAUGCAGUCAUCACCUCGGGGCUACGAGAACGGGGAACACACAAAACGGACCAGCACGCCGCGAACGAGUUAGUUGAAUAGCGAGGCUUUCACGAGACGCACCGUGUUCUCUGUGGAGUUGGAUAGUUUGAGAAACCAUUCGAAACGAAAAAUUGUUCCUGCAGUUUUUCCUCUGGAUAUUUAUCGAUAAAAAUGGAUUGAUUCUUCUGGAUUAUUGCAGUCUUUAUAUCACUAAUUGGAAAUAUCUUUGUAUAAGUUUGUGAUUGUAAUCGAACUUCAGAAUUUUCUGAAUUCCUGUCGGAUAUAAAAAAAAAUUCACAUCCCCUAGAACUCCCAUUUUCUGGUGAGGAUUUACAUUGGAUAUACCAAGCUCGUAUUAUUUUGGGAGAAUGACGUCAUCAUCGUCUGGAUUGACCAUGCUGACCUCGGGUGUGAGCCAGUACCUACACCCGGAUUACCUCCAGCCACUGCCCACAACGUUGGAUGCCAAGAAAAGCCCCCUGGCUCUGUUAGCCCAGACGUGCAGUGCCAUCGGUAAAGACACCUCCCCAUCUAAACCUAUCAUACCCCCACUGGAGAAGAAAGACAUGGAUAAAUCUGACAAAUGCCAGGACUCCGAAUCUUCCAGCAAGAGGCCCAGUUCUCACGGACACAAAGAAUCUGGUAGAGAUUCCGGCAGAGAUUCCAAGCCCGGCUUCAGAACAUUUCCUCCAAAAGAGAUUCCUCCUUUAGUGCCCAUAUCCAUGGGAGAGAAACCCAGGACGUCAAGUUCAGAACCUAAAGCUUCAAGUUCUCCAUCUGGGCAUAUGAAUUCCAUCAGUUCUAGUUCCUCAUCCAGGCCUGUUUCUGCCAGCGGUCAAGGCAGUAACGGUCAAAGGUCAAGCUCUAGAAGCAGCAACGGGAAGGAGAGUGACCAUCACCAGCAUAGCAGUCACCAUCACCAUAGAAACCGUGACUCACCCGCGUCAUCCGGGUCAUCCUCCCACCCCGUCAGCUCCUCCCCUUCCUACUCCAAGCCAAUGAGCUCCCACUCCACAUCUGUGAUGCAAUCUUCCUCCCUCAGCAGUGCGGUCAAGCCCUCCGUCUCUCACCCAUCCAUGCUUGGAGGUCUUCCAUCCGCGGCCCACCUCUCCGGAUACCCGAGCCACUUGGCUCUGAUGGCUCACGGCCUGGACCCGACCAACCCCAGCUACCACGCCCUGGCGGCCCAUUCCAGCCUGUCCAGUUUCUCCGCCGCUGCGGCCGCCGCCCAAUCCUCGGCGCUGAAAGCUGCGGCCGCCGCCGGCGCCCCGUCAGCAUUAUCCCCCUUCGUCACCUACGCCAGAGUCCGAACACCCUCCGGUGCCACGACUCUAGUUCCGGUCUGCCGAGAUCCCUACUGCACAAACUGCCAGCUGACCCUGCAGAACUCGCACCUCUCCUCCACAUGCAACGCCCCUGGCUGCUCCCAAUGCGCCCACGAAAAAUCCUUAACCAGUCUCUCCACUCUUGGUCUUCCAGGCGCAGGGGCGUCGUCCAUGCUCUUAUCCCCCCUCUCCUCCGCCAGCUCCCUCUCAAGUUCCAUGUCCGCACUCUCAUCCAUCCACGCCCUCUACCCCCACACGGCACUGGCCGCCGCCCACCAGGGCCUACAAGCCAACGUCUGCAACUGGGUCUCAGGCAACGACUACUGCGGCAAGCGCUUCACCUCCUCUGAAGAACUCCUCCAGCACCUCCGGACCCACACCUCCUCCAUGGACGUGUCCACCCUGGCAGCCUCCUACGCCGGGCUGGGGCUCCCCUCACUGGCGGCGUACCCCCACCUCUCGGCGCCCCUGAGCCCCAACUCCCUCCGAAGGUCCUACCCCACCAGCCUCAGCCCAGUCUCCAGUCUCCUCAGUGCCAACAGAUACCACCCCUACAAGUCCCCCCUCUCUGCUGUCGGCGCCACCCCCCCGAGCGCCCAAAGCUUCCCCGUAGGUCCCUACUACUCCCCCUACACUCUCUACGGCCAAAGACUAGGCGCGGCUGUAGUGCCAUGACAAUUAAUGUAGGGUGCCACCACUCUUCUUCAUGUGAUCUUUGAACAAAUUGUUCCAGAACAAACAUUUUAGUAUUAACUUCGAUAACUUUAUAUAUUUAUAUAUCCUAUGCAUUUGGAGUGUAUACAAUUAUUUGUAAUGAAGUUGAUCUGAGAUGCAACACAAGAAAGGGACAUGUUGAUGUGGUAGCCCCUUGGUGUUCAAGAAUUUUUGUAUUUAUUUACAUCCAGAUGAGUUGUGUGUUGUUUCAAGGUGUGUUGCCUGUGUGUUCAAAGAACAUUGUGUGAAUGGUGAGUGUGUGUGCUUUGUUUGAGUUUCACUGGAGUGAGUAAUUGCAUUAUGAGUGCAUUACGCACCGUCAAGUGCAGUGAGGUUUUUGUAUGUGAAUUAUCAAAGACAAUUUUUUGUGAUACUUUUUUCCAAGCUUUAUCCAAUUCUCUCUUCCUGCCUAUCUAUCCCUCUCUCUCUCUCUCUCUCUCUCUCUCUCUCUCUGACCAACUUACAUAACCACCCUGUAAUCUACAAGAUGUCAUGAAUUUCAGCCUAUUCGAACAUGAUUACAUGUAAGCCACUACAUUGUUGUAGAAAUGAAAUUACACACUGGACUAUAUAUAUAAUACAUUGAAAUGACAAAGCAUUUCGUGUGAAUUUUUUAGUUAUUUGUAUAUUGGUGUUAUGGUUCUUGGGGGGUUAAUUAAUUGAUCAUUUAAUUACAUGAACUUAGUAUGUUAUCAUCUAUGAACACACUGGGUGUGUUGGUGAACAUAUGUGAUGUGUAGUCAAGUGAACACACAUACCUAUUGAAUGCUAGCAACCUGCUACAUCUUUGUAAAAUAUUAUGUCUAUAGCAGUUGUCUACCCUUGGGCAAUUAUGUGCCCCUGUGUAAGAGUUAUCUUUUAGCCAGCGUGAUUUUUAAACUGCUAAAGUGUAGGUGUGUGCACAUUUGUACAGUAGUUUUGUUGAUAUCGUUGUUACCUUCUUGACUGCAAGUGAAACAUUUUCUUACUUUGAUCAAAUUGAAUAAAAUGCCAUUUUAAGAUUUU